CUUGUACUGUCGGCGCAUCUGGGAUCUGGUUUAUGAUCGACAGGAGCUUUUAGUAUCACCUCGCUCUGCGUGUCGCGGAACAAGGUGCAUCCAAAGCUGCAGCUGCACUCGAGGAUUAUGCCUCUUUAGCAUCGAGUGAAAUCUUCUCCAUCGGCCAUUCUGACCUGCAUAGAUAUGACCUAGAGACCCUCUGUUGGAUCUUGUCUGCCUGCACCGGAAACACUCUGCAAAUCCGAAUCAGUCGACACCGCAGUCAGCCAAGAUGGUGGAAGUAUUCAGCGUGCCUGCGUUCUUCAUCCUCUUCCGUGAGACGCUGGAGGCGUCGAUCAUCCUGUCCGUGAUGCUUUCUCUGCUCAAGAAGGUCGUUCCAGACAGGGCCAUGCUCAGGAACCUGCAGAAGCAAGUGUGGGGUGGGGUCGUUCUCGGCGUGGUGCUGUCGCUGGUGGCCGCCGCCAUCUUCCUGUCCCUGUAUUAUACUGUGGCCAAGGAGGCCUGGGACAACACCGAAGCUCUGUGGGAGGGGAUUCUGAGCCUGAUCGCCGUGGUGCUCAUCACGCUCAUGGCCUUCUCCAUGAUCAGAGUGGACACAUGGAGGGCGAAAUGGGAGAAGAAGCUGACCAAGGUCACGGUGGACAGCGUGGAGAAGUACGGCACUCUGCAGAGCACGAGAAGCAAGUACACGCUCUUCCUGAUCCCGUUCACCAUCGUCCUGCGCGAGGGCGUGGAGGCCGUGAUCUUCCUGGGAGGGAUCGGACUGGAAGGCUCGGGCACAGCGUACCCUCUGGCAGCCAUCACCGGAGCAUUGUGCGGGAUAGCCAUCGGGUUCGUGCUGUACAAGGGAGGCAACCAUGUGGCGUUCAAGUGGUUCCUCGGAGCGUCGACGGUGUUGCUGCUGGUGAUCGCGGCCGGUCUGUUCGCCGGGGCCGUGCACGAGUUCGAGGAGUACACGGAGAACGAGAAGAUGGUGUGGAAGCUGCACUGCUGCCACCACAAAGGAAAUGGCAUCUGGAAGCUGCUGAACGCUGUGGUGGGAUGGCGCGACGAGGCGACAGUGGGAACUCUGACUUCGUACUUCAUGUACUGGGCCUUCGUGCUGGUCUCGUUGCUUGUCUUGAGAGUGAAAUGGAACAGAGAGGCAGAGCGUAAUGCAGCCGAAGAGAGGAUGGAAGCUGGCACUCGACCUUCUGUUUUCCCAGUAUAGGACGUCGAUCACGGGUGCUUGCAUGAUUUACAGCUCUCGUCUUCAGAUGAGGCAAAGCAUUCUGCCUGGGAUCAUGAAAUAAUAGGAUAUUGUUUUCGACAUAAAGCAAUCACAGUGCCUUCCUGGUGGCGUUUGAUGCUAUGAAGGGUGUCUACUUAAUCCUCCUUUGGGCAGAAUUGAUUGACUUAUCAGAGUAGACAGCGAUCUUGUCAUUGGCGAUCGCUAUAUUGCAGUUUUCUUUCGAUAUAACGUUGUGGUUCGUGAGUGGUGUUCGAGCGUGGUGUUCGUGUCGGGGUCAUUUGAUCCUUGCUUUAAGAAUUAUUUCUUGGGUUCAGGAAAUCAUGUUUCCCUGAGGUUCACUUGUCCAGUACCUGAUCAACUUUCAGACGCUGUCCCUCUCGAUGACAUCCCUGAGUGGACGAACGUAGUAUCUAUUCUUCUCUUCCUCUGAGAAAAUACUCUAUAGCUUUAUGAUUUCCUGGUAGAAUUGAUCAAGGACGGUGUGUUCUAGACGAGGAAAAAGAAGCCACGGGCUUGAUGGACGCAAUGUAAAGUGACAGUUAGUGAGUUGGUUCCGGAACUUAGUGUUUCAUCAGAUCC